CGCGAACGGUUCACCAUGGCGACCGUACGGUUGAUGGCACUUGCUGUGUGUUUUAUGGUAGCAACGAAUCUCGACUCAGCCUCGGCAAGACCGCAGUUCUUCUUCGCAGGUGGUGUUGGAGCACAAACUCCAAUAGGAGGAUUUGCUUUAGGUGUGCCAACGGGGUUCCCGUUUAACUUUGGCCAACCGCAGCAGCAACAACCACAGCAGCAACAACCACAACAGCAGCAACAACAACCAUAUCUUCAACAACAACAACAACCACAACUGCAACAACAAUAUCAACAACCACAGCAGCCGCAGCAUCCGCCGCAACAACAGUAUCCGCAGCAACAACAGCAUCCGCCGCAACAACAGCAUCCGCAGCAUAAUUCAUUUAUGGGAGCAACGUCACAACAGCAUCCAAAUGUCGAGCAUCCCAAAGCUCCCGCCAGCAGCAGUGAAGGGUUAGGUACGCGUAUUAGUGGCGAUCCAGAACCUUCCGAAGUCGAUGAAAAUCCGUGCCAAUAUGUAGACACAUCGACUGGCGAAACCAAUAGUACCGACGAUGGUGGUAAUGCAACGGAACAACCCUGUCUCGGAAUUGGCGGAGGCAAUCGAAUUAAUCCGAAACAGGCUGCAUUGCUUUCACUAGUGGGAUAGCCAAAAAAAAAA